CCUCACCCAGCUAAAAACUCCAAGGUCCAACUCUAAAGUUAACCAUCUGUCCGAAACGCAGGCAGUCCUCUCCGACUGGUCGCCAGAUUAGUAACUGAUCAUCACAAAAUAAAGAUGGGAGACUGGGGAUUCCUGUCGACUUUGCUGGACAAGGUCCAGUCCCACUCCACGGUCAUCGGGAAGAUCUGGAUGAGCGUCCUCUUCCUGUUCAGGAUCAUGGUCCUGGGAGCGGGCGCUGAGAACGUUUGGGGGGACGAGCAAUCGGGCUUCCUCUGCAACACUCAGCAACCUGGUUGUGAGAACGUCUGCUACGACUGGAUCUUCCCCAUCUCGCACAUUCGCUUCUGGGUCAUGCAGAUCAUCUUCGUCUCAACGCCAACGCUGGUCUACCUGGGCCACGCCGUGCACGUCAUCCACCAGGAGAAUAAAAUGAGGGAGCGCAUGUUGAGCCCUGGGGGGUCCCAACUGAACAAAAGGCCCAAAUACACGGACGACAAGGGGAAGGUGAAGAUCAAGGGGAACCUUCUGGGGAGCUACCUCGCGCAACUGAUCGUCAAGAUCAUCAUCGAGAGCGCCUUCAUUAUUGGCCAGUACUACCUGUACGGCUUCAUCAUGGUGCCCAUGUUCCCCUGCUCCAAGAAGCCCUGCCCCUUCACCGUGGAGUGCUACAUGUCCCGCCCCACGGAGAAGACCAUCUUCAUCAUCUUCAUGCUGGUGGUGGCCUGCAUCUCCCUGCUGCUCAACUUCAUCGAGGUGUUCUACCUGCUCUGCACCAGGGUCAGGUGCGGCUCCAGGCAUCACACUCACAAAAUCACCUCAGCGGAAAACCCUGCCACCCUGUUGGGUCCAAAAUGGCCGACCACAGCAGACGCACUGAGGGAGAACAAGAUGAACAUUGAGAUGGAGAGCAGCCAGAGCAUGGGGGGAAGUCUGGACGGAGCCAAAGAGGAGAAACGGCUGCUGAGUGGACAUUAAAAAA